GCUGGAGCUGCACUGCAGAGGCUCUACCCCGGCCAGCCUGGCCGGUCGCGGUCGCGGUGGCUGGCACUGAACAAGGGGCUGCCGCCUGCCGGUGGUGGCUGGCUUCGGGGAAGAGCGGACAGGGCUCUUCAGACCGCACCCGCGCUUCCAGCUCAAGUUGGAGGAGACCAGUGACAUCCGGUCUAAAGACCUUGGACCUCAGGAAGGGAAAUCAGAGGUGCCCAACAAAAUGGAUGCUAGACGAAAGCAGUGGAAAGACAAUACGUUCACUCCUUUUUUAAAUGAGCCUGAUGUUCUAGAAGAGGCUGCUCCUCUUCAGUCUUUCUCUGAAGAAACACCUGCAGACAAAUCCAGGAGAAUGGGGAGAAUUUUUAACUUUGCCAGUAAAAAGGUUCAAGAAGGGAACACAUUUAGGAGCAAAGACUGUUAUUCCCCAAUAGUGGAAAGAGAACAAGACCCCAAUUUAGGAGAGAGAAGGAUGAACGCGUCAAAGAACGUGGCAAAGACAGAUUCUGCCUUCUUGGACUUGCUUAAUUUGGGUGGUGCAACCAAGGCAAGUUCCUACAGAAGGGAGAGCGCCUCCGCGUGGAGUAGAAAGGAAUUGCCGACUGCCGUACAAGGCACCAGGAAGAAAUGGUCAGAAGAAAUGCCACCAAAACUCCGUUUGCACCUCCUGAACGAAGAGCUGGGAGAACUUAACCUGAAAUGCAGGGAGAUUGAAGAGGACUUUGAAAACGCCGAAAAAGAACUUUUGAACUCUCGAAAGGAAGCCUCAAUGAAAUCUGUCAAUCUUCAAGAACCAGGGACAGCUGCUUCAAAGAAUGACUGGGAACUGCAAGCUUUAAAAAAUGACCUGUCUGAAAAAGUGACAAACGUAAAAAACUUAACCGAAGAGCUCCAGCAAGCCAAAGAACUUAUGUACAGGUUGGAUCUAGAGAACAGAAACUUGAAAGACACUCUCUUGAAACUGAAGCAACAAACUGAACUCAGUACUGCACUCCUCAGAGAAGAGAUGAGAUUGUUUUACGAGCUGGAAAUGGAAAAGAUCCGCUUAGAGCUGGGUGCCAUCAAGAAUGAGCUGAGAGCUGAGAAGACCCUGCGAGCAAAGAACAGCAGAGCCCUGGAGUUGCUUGGAAGACAACUUGCUUCCGUGAUAAGGUCAUCGCGUACCGCUGACCACUUCACUGGGAAUGGUUUUUAAACUCAAGGGGGAAAAAGCCUUUCACUGGGCAAGUCAUUGAGCCAAGUCGAUGUUUAUUGUACCACCCAUUUGUGUACUGCUAAAAUGUAUUUGAUAGCUUGCAAUCUUUAUGGUGAAUCAGAAUACCUACAGGUGAAUCAAAAUACCAACAGAUCGUGCAGAUGUUAACUUUGAAGCAUCUGUUUUCUCUUUUUGAUGAAGUCAUUGUCAAGAAUCUGAACUGAUACUUCUAAAAUCUCUUUUAUAUGGGUGCAUAUAUAAUAUCACUAAGACAAAACAACAAUAAAAAACCCAAACUGAUUCACCAGAUCACGGAUGAAUCCGAAUCAGCAGCAUUGUGUGAUCUUGUUAGCCAUGUCCUUGGCACAUCAAUGUUCUCCCAUCUGUGGUAAUCAAUGUGAACAAUAAAAAUCUUGUUUACAUGUA